UGACUGUGAAACCACACAUAGCCAUCCACGGUCACAAAUUUUUUAAUUUUUUAAUUUAGAUUCAAUAAAUACAUAUGAAUAAAUUUUAGGUCACAAAAAGAAAAUCCCUAGAAUGUAUUGAAUGAAAGAAGUUGUCGUAAAGAUGAUAGGAGGAUAGAUCUGGUAAUCAGGUGUAUUGCAAUAAUGUACUGAACAGUGUUGACUAAAUAAAGAUAAAUAUUCAAUAUUAAAUCAUAUACAAAAAUGUCACACAUCAGAUAACGAAGAAAUUACAUUUUUACAUCUUUUAUAUUAUUUAAUUUUUUUUUUUAGUCUAUUUAAAUUAAAGCAUUACAAAGUUUUAUUAAGAGCGUGAAGAAUCUCAAAAAGUAGCUGUAAACAUCCAACUUUAUUUGACUCGACUAUAAUUCAUCACAUACUUAAAAAUGGAUAGCUCUGAAUAUGAAUUAGUCCGCAAUCUUACACUAUUGUUCUUCUUUGAACGUCUUAUGGAUAAAGGUGAUCCACGAACAUUGCACGAUCUCAGUUGUCAAUUUGGAGCCAAAGGUUUCACUAAAGAAAUGCGUCAAAUAGCUGGAGGCUCACAAAGUGGACUACGUAAAUUUUUAGCUCAAUAUCCGACUCUUUUUGUCAUCAACGGUGAUUAUGUGUCUGUAAAUACAUUCGAGCCAACUUUGGAACACGAUGCGGGAAUAAAAAAAAUAAAUAAACGUGACUAUGCAAAAGAAGCUGUUGAAUAUUUUACUAAUAAACUUGUGCAAUACGGAGUUGGAGCAGAAGUGCCUAUUAAAAGCUUACUGGGUCAUAGAUCACAAGCGUCACCUGAAGUGAGACACAUUUCUGGUCAACAUUAUCGAGAAUUUCGUGAUUUUCUUCUUAAAUAUUCAGAUGAUUUUAUUGUAUGCGAUGAAAAUGUUAAACUUAAACAAUUUGAAGGGAUGGAAGGAGUUCCUUUUAAAGAAUUAGAACCGGAAGUUCCUGUCGACCAAGAAAUGACUUCAAAGUUAUUGGAUUUUUUUUGUCAAACUAUUAAACAAAAAGGCCCGCUUCUUGUAGAACAACUUUUAACUUUAACAGCAGAUAAACUGCCAGCUAAAAUGUGGACAAAUAUGUUCACAACUCCGCAAGAUUUAACCACGUUUUUGAGAAUGUUUCCGGAUGCUUUCAACGUACAAAAACAAGUUGUUUGCUUGCAAGAUAAAGUCAAAUUACCGCUGGAUAUCCAUAAAAAAACUGAACCCACACCAGCAGCUCCUAAGGAAAAUUUAAACUCUGAGAACUUUGGAACUCACCAGAAUUCACAUAUUGUUAAAGCGUUUAGCAAUGAACAUAUUCCGCAGUCAGAUCAAAAUUCACAAAUCAAUCGAAAUAGUGACACAGAGAGUGCUAUUGACAGUCUUUCGUCAAUUGAAUCGAAUCCUCAUACAUCACCAGUUAAUUUACAACAACAAACUCUCAAGCAGAGAAUUAACACUCUUGUUAUGAAAACUCUAGCAGCUAAUACUGAAAAAGAUCGGAAUUUGCAUAACCCCCAGGUUGGUGAAGCAUGGAAAGUUAAAAUUUUGCAGAAAACUAAAAUUAUUGUUAAUGUAAGAGAAUGUGUCCGUAUUGUUGAUGAAAUUUUAAAUUCUCCACGACUGUCACCAGACGAAAAAAUAGCUGUUUCUCUUGAUUGCGAAGGUAUUAAUGUUGGUUCAAAGGGUCAGCUUACACUUAUACAAAUUGGAACAAUGGAAGGAAAUGUUUUUAUUUUUGAUUUAUUUACAUCACCGAAUCUCAUCGGUGCAUUGCGUAAACUUUUAGAAGAUCCUUCAGUGAUUAAAGUAAUUCACGACUGUAGAAAUGACAGUGUCAAUUUAUAUAAUCAAUUUGGAAUCACUCUAAAAAAUGUGUUCGAUACGCAGGCAGCACAUGCAGUCAUUCAAUUUCAAGAGACAGGAAAACCUGUAGAUAAAGUGAAAAAUGUCAAUUUUAAUACACUUUGCGAUUUAUAUGGAGCGCCAAGUAAUUUGUUGAAAAAUCAAUUGAAGUACAUCUAUCGUAAAGAUCAAAAAUAUUGGUUGCGUCGCCCCAUGUCUCGUGAUAUGCUCAUUUAUGCCACCAGUGAUGUUCUUGGACUUGUGCCUCAAGCCUUCACAGCAAUGUCGACGCGUAUAAAUCCAGAUAUGCAAACGCUUUUUAACAAUUUAUGUGAAGAGCAAAUACUGACACACAUAUCUCCUGUUGAAAUAAAAGCUCGCAAAAGGCAACGAAAAAUAGAAACAGAAGUAAUAGAUCUUCGUAAAAAAAUGGAUGAAGCUACUGAAAAAAAUAUUGUAUUAAGUAACCGAGAAAUAAGGCUUCUUCGUUAUUUAUCUCUUACCGAAGAUGAAAAAGUGAAGCUUAAAUGCAGUUACAAAGUUGCCAAAAAACUUGAAAAGCUUAAAAGUUUAUCGAACGAUAAAAAUGAAAGUACCGAUGAUGAUAAUGAUAAUGAAGACGAUGAUAAUAACGAUAUUGAUGAUAAAGAUGAAGAUAAUGAUUAUGAUGAUUAUUUCGAUGAAGACGAUAAUACUGAUGAUUAUGAUUACGACGAUAAUAAUCACAAUAAAGCUAACCAAAAAACUGAAUAUUCUAAUCUAGAUAAUUGUAUAUACGAUAAUACUACAUUCGAUUGCCCGUCGAUGAGAUUAAAUCCGCUAACUAUUACAGAGUCUAUGCAAAUGGUUGAUGAAAUUUUAUCAGAUGAAAACAUGGAUAGAUUUGAAAAAAUAGAAAAAUUGGAGAAUAUUCUUUCAUCUGUAACAAAUUUUACUUCUGACAAAUUAUCUUCUAAAAUAAUGUAUCCUGAAUCUGAAAAAUGUACAUGUUUGUGCCAUGAUAAUUCUAAUCAACAGCCACGAGAAAAGAGCGCUAAUGCAACGGAUGUAGCAUGUCAAACCUUAAGCACUGGUGAUAUUGUUAUUACCAGCUGUUAUUUUUUAUAACCUAUUCUUUUUAACUAGUUAUUAUCACAAUUGUUAUUGUUAUAGCGAGCUAUCAUUAGAAAUUAAAAUUGUUAUUGUUAUAACUAGUUUUUAUACUUUA